GGGGAAGGAAGCAACACUUGACGCAAGGGAAUGCUGCGACUGCCUGUUGUAACCCAAGCUGUAGCGUGUGCCGCAAGGGCUGCGGGCUGUGGGCUGCGCGGCUACACGGGGCCGGCGCCGUCGGUCCGGACCCGGCGCGAGCCGGUGCAGACGCACUACUACACCAACGUGCUGACUGAGGCUGUAGAGUCGCUCCCGCCGAUCGUGGGAAGCGAGACCGACGCGACGCGGGCGCUCGAGGCGGUCCGCGCGCUGGGCGAGGCGCGUGCGCCGGUUACGGGGCGGACCCUCGCCCAGCUGCUCCGACUGUGCUUCAAGGUCGGCGAGGGUGAGUCGGCCAAGGCUGUCUUUGCCGCGUACGGCAAGGUCGACGGGGUGGAAGCGACGGCGGACGAGGUUGGGACGGCUGUGCUCGACGCGGACCUGCGGGUCAAGGCGCGGUUUGCCGCCAACGCCUCGCACUACACCCUGAUGGUCGUGGGCCUCGCCCGCCUCGGCGACCUCGACGGCGCCACCGCCGUCUUUGAUGCCAUGAAGCGCUCCGCCAAGUCGGUGCCGGUCCAGGUCUACGGCUCGCUCAUUGCCGGCCAUGCGCGCGCAGGCGCGUUUGAGGAGGCGCACGGCCUCCUCGGCGAGGUGCUCGAGUCCGGCGCCGAGCCCAACGCCGUCAUUUACACCGCGCUCAUCGACGGGUACGGUAAGCGCGGCCAGCUCGACGCCGCGCGCGAGCUGUUCGACGCCAUGGAGGGCACCGGGGUGGCCCCGACCGAGGUCACCUACACCGCGAUGAUCAACAACACGGCCGCAGCCGGUGAGUGGGACGAGGCCUGGGCGCUGGUUGACGCCAUGGGCUCUCGCGGCCUGCCCGUUGGCUACGCCACCUACUCGGCCCUCAUGCACCGCGCCUACGACCAGGGCCGCACCACCGAGCUGCAGCGCGCUGUGGCGACCAUCCAUGAGUUUGGCAUCCGCGUCCCCGCAUCGGGCGCCAAGUUCUUUGACCGCGUCGUCGCCGAGCUGCGAUCGGCCGAGGGGCAGACGUUCUAGCUUUAAACUGUGCCGUCGUUCA